CACAUAUGCAGAGCCUUUCCACUGUGUACGACAUACUAGAUGCGCAGUGAUUUAGUAGCUAAGGUACUAAAUAACGGUUUAGAGCGAAAAAAGUGUAAGAUCAAGGUAAUUCCCUGUCGGGUAUCCCUAUAUCCCCCAUGUAGAGCCCAAAUAAACAUUUCCAAUCAAUUAUAAUAUUUUUCAGUUAUGCAUGAUUUACAAGAUGACAAAAUGACACGUCAGAGAACUUGACUCUCUGUUGUUCUUUUCUUGAAACAUGCCUGAGUACCACAUUGGCAACAGUUUUGCUAAUGAUCCUGAAAGACACAACUAGAAAUAACGUAUUUCGUCAAACAUUGCAACACUGUUCCUUAUACUUCUACUGAGGUAAUCAGAACAAAAUAGUACAGAAAAAUUACUUCUGUGCAUGUAUCAGUUUUGUUGUGGAGUACGAUCUGAAACUUAACAGCCUUAUUAGCAACAGCCUUGGCAACGAUAUCGUCACUACAACCUCGCAGAUGUAUCAUCCUUCACACAUUCAUAUCUCCGUAUAUAUUUUUCACGAGAAAACUUGCUGCACACCCACUUCUUUCUGCUUGAAAAAAGAAGAGAAUCAUUAUCAAACAUUUUGACAAUGUCUUCGUUAAUAACAAAGAAUUUACGGCAUGGGGAACUCGACCACACAUGUCUGAUCACAAUUCACCCUUGUUUUUCUUUCUCGCAUCUUACCCUCUGAUUUUCAAAAAACGAAUGCCUGGAAAGUAAUGACUGCAGUGAUUUGAAAUAUGGAUGAUAUUAAUAAAAGGCUUCACACUAUGAAAUUGUGCCUAUAAAUUCAAGGUGUGCUUAUUUUUUCUGCGUGAGGCCGAAAACUUAUUGAUCUCCCCGUAUAUGACGCUUCUCUGCUGUUGAACAGAAGCGAACAUAGGAGCGAACUACUAUCCGGAUGGUAACCAGGCUAGCUACUUAGCAGGUUCUACUAGCCUGUAAAUUUUCAUUGAAAAUACAUGAUUUUUGCCUCUUCCUCUUGUUCAAGUCACGAAAUUUUCCGGAUCAUUUAGAUGGUGAUAGGUUUGAAGGCUGAUAGCCGGUAUAAAGCUACCAUACCAGAAUGGCUAUCACAUCUAAAUGCAGUCGUUGAUGAUCGAACGUCAGGGUCAACUAAGGACAACUCAGCUUCUUCCAAAUAUGGUAUUGUUCCCGGUCGAUAUAAAAAGAUUUGUCACAAUCUAGAUAGCAGCAACCAAUCAUAGAUGUGCCGUUUCCAUGGUAAUAAUUUAAUCAACAAGAACUCGUUCGAUAGAUUCUACCCACAUUUGUGCUCUUUGUGUUGUAACGGUUCAUUUUUCCUAAACAACCAACUCAUGUAAAAGGUUUUUCGGAGAGCUGUAUUUCCAUCAUGGCGACUCUUGACGGGCGGAUGAACGCCACAGAGGCCGCGAUCGCGGACAUCAACGGCAAGCUAGACGUAUUCGCUGUGAGCUUGGACACACUGCUGGAAAUCCUGUGCGGCUGCCUCAUCAUGAUCAUGCAGGCAGGCUUCGCCCUGUCAGUCGGUUCGGUCAAUGUCACCAACGUCUACGCCAUCCUGCUCAACAAUGUCAUGGUCGUUUGUCGUUCUUCAGGACAACAGUCGGGGUUCGCCAGGGAUGCUUGCUGUCACCAGUUUUGUUCAACCUGUAUCUGGAGAAGAUCAUGCAGGACGCUUUGUACGAUCAUCACACCUCCAUCUCCAUUGGUGGCAGACGCAUCUGCAACCUUCGCUUUGCAGACGACAUUGACCUUCUAGCCGGCAGCAACACAGAACUCCAAGACCUCACAGACAAGCUAACAGAGAGUACUGGAUCGUUCGGCAUGGAGGUCAGCACCGAGAAAAGCAAGGUGAUGAUGAACAGUACGGAUGAGACACAUGCAGUCAUCCUUAUGAACGGGGAACUGCUGGAAGAGGUGGGAACAUUUACUUACCUAGGAGGGACCAUUACAAAAGACGGUACUAGCGAGACAGAUGUACGGAGGAGGUUUGCCAUGGCAACAUCUGCAAUGGCUCGUCUGUCCAGGAUCUGGAAAUCCAACAACAUCAGCUUUUCUGUCAAGUUCAAGCUCUACAAAACCCUAGUUGUGUCCAUACUGUU